AUGUCUUAUCUCCUCCGAUCAACCAAAUCUAAGCUCUUAUCUUCCUCUUCUUCUCUCUCUAGAGCCUUCUCCUCCAUCCCCCGCUCCAACAACCAGAUCGGUUCCAUCACUCCCGCCGCCACCGAACUCUUCCACCGCAACUCCGCCACUCUCCCCAUCGCCGAAGAAAACCCUACCAAGAGAUACACGGUUGGUGGUGAUUCUAAUGUCAUCAAUUCUUUGAGAUACCAGGCUCUUGGACUGGACCCUAAUGUACUGGCUGGAGCUAGAUAUGGCGCUAAAGCUUGUACUGCCAAGAGUCCAAUGCUAUUGGGAGUCAAUGCUAUGAUGGCAAGAAACUUUGAGAGAAGUGUGGCUGCUGACACGUUGGGACUUGCUGGCCAGAGACGUUUUAUGAGUGACAUCCCAAGUACAACCAGUGAAAUUAAGCCGCCUUCCGGUUUUCGCCCGUUAUCUCCUCAUCUUCCUGUUUAUCAGCCCCAGCUUUCUUCAACGCUUUCAAUUUGCAAUAGAAUUGCCGGAGCUUUCCUAGCAGCUGUCACCUUGCUUUUUUAUAUGAUAUACAUGAAAUUGGGUUUGGUCACUCUCACCUAUGAUUCAUUCUACCAGUUUGUAUUCUAUUCAUCAAAACUUCACCUACUCGCAGUUGAGAUUUCUGCCUUAGCCAUGUCCUAUCAUCUGUAUAGUGCAAUUCGUCACUUAUUCAUAUGA